AUGAAAUCCGUUCAAUCAAACUUAUGUGCAGAUAUUAUAAUAGAGAUUCUCAAACAUUUGGGUGUUCGUGAUUUACUUUCAGCACUUCUGAUUAAUCGACAAUGGUGCCAAGUCGCCAUUCCAAUGUAUUGGAAAGCUCCAUUCAGUUAUGCAAAAAAAAGGGGCAUGGCUGCACUAAAGACAUAUGAAUUAUUUCUUGAACAAAAAAUGCCAAAGGACUCUGCACAGGGAGCAGUUCAAAAGUCUCCAGGACUUUACAAUUAUCCAUCAUUUCUUAAGGAACUCAAUUACACGAACCUAUUGAUGUUGGUAGGGAUGCGUCAAAGUAUCCCAGAAAUAUUUCAAAUGCUAGCAAACGUUGGUGUUUGUCUGGACACUUUUAUUAUGGAUAAUAAUGGUGUAAAUUAUGAAAUAUGGACAGAAGCGUCAUGCUAUGCCCAAAUAUUCGAUUCUCUCACCUACAUCGAAAUACAUAUGCCUUUUCCAAAAAAUAAUAUCAUGAAGAUAUUAACAAAAAAUUGCACCAGGCUGUCCCAUCUCGAUAUCAAUCUUUAUGACAACUCUAAUGAGCGUGUUGAAGAAACUCUUGAUUGUCUUAAGAAACUCAUCUCCACCCAGCGAUGCUUUAUGAAUCUUCGGUUGGUGUUUAUAAAUGGACCUGGGAAAAGGCUAAUUGAAAUGUUUCAGUCCCGGCCUGAAUCCUUCAAACGUCUUGAACUUGUAAAAUGGAACUUCGACGAGUGUGAUUGGGGAUGGCUGAAAAAAUGUUCAAAUUUGAGCGAAUUUGCAAUUACAAGCCCUCCUCGAAUUUUAAUCUCUGACAUUUUGGGCACCGAUUAUGCAACCCAUAACUUAAGGCCAUCAAAAAAUAAUAAAAAUUCUAGGGUUACAACUGCACAUUGGUAUUUAGAUGAUGAUGAUGACGAAAUUAUUUCAACGCCAUACUUUCACCCAGAUAAAUCAUCGGUAGUGUAUAAUAGAUCUCCUCCAGUUGUAAUCCAAUCACGGGUAACCCAACCACCAUCGACUUACUCCGAGAUACUCCUCAAAUUACAAAUUUUACGAAAGUAUAAUGAAUUGUCAUCAUCAUUAAAUUAA